CUCGCGACAGUGAGCGCCACAACGAAGCAGCGAGACGCAAGUUCGUAGCCGAAACGCGACGGGCGAAUUGUAUUUCUGCAAAGCGUAUAGCAGCGACACGACAGUCGCGCUGUUAUUAAGUUCCACUUAAGACGUUCGAUCCAUUUGAAGACAGUCUAAGAAAAGUGCUCGUGUGAACAGCACCGAACGGCGGUGUUGACGGUGUUUUAAGACGUUACUUGGUUGGAAUACAUAACAAUUAGUUUGUUGGCCAACGCUGAAAAACAGCUGUGUGGCAGCAACAAAUUCGCAACAAAAGUGUAAAUAAAAUCAAAAGUUAAAAAUAAGCAAACAAAAACAGAAACAGAAACAGAAAAAAAACUGAAACGCAAACGAAAAUAAAAGCAAAUUGUGUGUGUUGUAAUCGAAAAGCGAGUGCAAGCAAUGAGAGCAGUCAGCGUUUAAUAUUUGUAAAUAAAACGCGGCAUUGCAACAACAGUGCAACAAAAACAAAAACAAAAAUAAAAAAUAAAAACUGAAAAUAAAUUGAAACAGAAAUUGCAAAAUCUGCACGCGGCUCAGUUCCAGUGUGUGUGUGAGUGGAAAAUCUGAAAAACUGAAACCAAUAACAAACGAAGAAACCUAAAUUGAAACGUAACGAAAGCAAGUGAAUGCAACAGUUGAAAACGUAAGCAGCGCAACGAAAAAAAAGUAAAAACGCAAAACGUAAAUUUACUGAACGCCGCUUUUAACUGUUGGUGCGGCAGUGCGUGUGUGUAUGCAGCCAUAGCUUACCGAUUUCGUCGCUAAAUUUCGGCAUGAACUGGCAACAUACUAAAAUAUAUAAAUAAAAUCAACAACAACAACAACAACCAGUCGCCCAAUCGCACAACCAAACUAACAAUUUAUAGUGUCGUUGUAUUGCGACAUUUCGCAUUGCUGUGGGGCGUUCACAGCUUGUAUUUCAUUACUUUUUCGGCAAUUAACUACGCCUUUGGAACUAUUCAUCCAUUGAGAGUGAGAGAAAAUUACAAAUAAAAUGGGGUUAUCGCGUGGAUUUGUGGUGCCAUUAUGGUACUUGGCGUGCGUUUGCUUCAUCAUUCAAACAGCCACCAACGUUGAGGCACAGUCGCAGCAGAAGCGUUCAUCGCGCAUCACCAGCUCACGCAGCUUCGGCACCAACGUCAAAGCGUCCGCCUCGAAUGGCGUUAAUUUCGAUUGCCCCGAAGAGUUCGGCUACUACCCGCAUCCGACCGAUUGCACACAGUACUAUGUGUGUGUAUUCGGCGGUGCCUUGCUCGAGAGCUGCACCGGUGGACUGAUGUACUCGCAUGAGCUACAGACCUGUGAUUGGCCACGUAAUGUGGGUUGCGAAGUUGUGGACAGCGGCACCACCGCCAAUGGUGGCGGCGCACGUGCAGGCAAACAACAACAGCAGCAACAGCAACCACAACAGUCCAUUAAUAGUCAGCAUGUGCCCAGUCGCAUCAGAUUCGGUUCGGCCUUCAGCAGCCCGGCGGCAACCACGCAAACACCGAAGGCAACAGUGCCACCACAGUAUCACCGUCAGCCACCACAGGUCAUACAGGCGCAGGUGCAGUCAUUGCCACAGCAUACGGGUACCGUGAUCGGAGCACGUGGACAACCGAAGCCAUUCGAUACGCAAGAGGAUAUAGCCAAGCUUUACGCCGACGCACAUGAGACGCUGCCACCCGUCGAGGAGGAGGAGAGCGAUCGUCAGCAACGCGUCUACCGUGGCCAGCCGAGCACCGUGAGUCAGGUGCAACGCGACCGUGAUGGCAUUAUACACCAAGCAAGCAUCAAUGCUAUACCGAACCAUGGCAAGAUCGGCUCGUACACCUUCGGCUCUCAGUUUAGCCCUAAUUACAUUGACUUCAACUUAUAUAGCAAUGAUCUUGAUAUCGUACAGUUACUUGAAGAGAACGACUUGGGUAAUUAUGACUUGGAGACAUAUGGACGCACGAGCAGAGACCUGAUUUCAGAAGAGACCACGCAUAAACGCGUCAAACGUGACUUGAAUUUACCAAGCAACGACGAGCCGAAAAUCGUCUUCAAUACUGGUGAGAUUUUAAAGACUGAGGAGCAACCAAAGACCGUAGGCGAACCACGCGUACUGGAGUAUAAUACCGGUGAAGUUUUAAAGGCUGAAGAAGAACAGAAAACUUUGGAGAGACCAAACAUUGUUGAAUACUUAAAUACGGACGAGGUACUACCAGGGAUGGUUUUAAACUUGGAAUCGAAAGAGCAACAAGGAACUGCCGAACAAGCACAGAUAGAAGUAGCCAACACACAAGCACCGGAGCUGACGCAGAGCAACUUUGAGCCAGAGGAGAAUAUGCAAGAAUCGGUGAUGGAAAUAGUGGCAAAAAUAUUGGAAGAACUGAAAGGUGGUGUGAAACAAGUGGAGACUGAUGCAAGUAUGGACACACAGCUGGAUGAAGCGGGAGCUGCAAACGCUGACACCUCGACCAGCAAUAAGCGCAUCGAUGUACCCAACAUUGCGAUCGAUACCGCUGCGACGAAUCCAAUACCUGAUUCGGCUGCAGACCCCAUUCUGGAGACCUUAAAUAGCAUAGCAGCGCUACUCGAUAUGGAUUACGAUGGCGACGCUAAUGACACUGCAACCGCUGAGGCACGCCAACGUGGCACACGCCAACUGCGUCAGUUUUUCAAUGGACGUUCGCGCUUUCAAAUACAAAACGUGCCGGGUACACAUUACCGCUCCAUUGAUGGCAUUGCUUACCAGCAACAACCACAGCAAUCUAACUAUAAUUUCGGUUCAUACAACCCGUAUUUGUCACCGCCAACGACCUCAGCCAACUAUAACCAAUUAAGUCCGGGUUAUAAUGUUUAUCCACAGCAACAACAACAGCGCCCACAAAGUUUUGGUGGAACGAAACAUAAGUUCAGCUUUACAUCAGCGCUGAAUCCACCGCCGCCACCACCACCAACACGAAUUGAGGAUGACUUCCGUCCAAUGGCGGCCAAUUACUAUCACACAACAACCACACUGCGGCCAUCUACCUUAUCAGCCAGGCGUCCAAAUCUCUUUAACAAUCCCGAAUUGAUUCCCUAUAUUCUGCAGUCACUGCGCGAGUAUCAGGAGCAACGCAAAAAGAUGCAACAGGAGAACUUCCAAUAUUUCCAUUUAGAUAAUCAGCCCGGCGAGGAAUCGGAAACCACUGGCACAUUGCCACAUGUUAGCACAACGGUGGCUCAAACUCCAUAUUUCCAGUCCACCAGAACACCAACCAAAGUCACACCCAACUCACAUUAUGCGCAGUUCAGCACGGUUGGGGGUUUCUACAACAACAAGCAACAACAACAGGAUGAUGUUAAUGAUUUCAAGUCCACCGCGAAGUAUCCCACGAAACUUGUCUCGCAAUACAGCAUUAUCGACAACUAUAUACCCACCACGACAGAGAGCAACUACUUCAACUACAACAUUGUGGGAAAUCAGAAAGUCAAAAACUACUUCAGCACAAGCAAACCUGCAAUUUAUGAGAGCUCUUUUCAAUCGGGCACACCGACUCGUUACACGACACCCUCACCGCCAACUUCGAAUAUUGAUAUAGUUUCAGCGCCUAAUUUAUCGCCUUUCCAUACGCCCACCACAACUAAGCUGCCCAAAUACAAUACUUUCUCGCAGUACCCCGAAGGUCUUGCGUUCUCAAACAACACUGCACAGUUUCCCGAGUCCUAUCAGGUCUUCAGCAAAGUACGCACGACAACCAUGGCACCGAAAGUGAAAACUGUUCGACCCACCACUUCCACGAUAAGUAAUUCAAAUGUUCCACAGCCCUCCCGAAAGCCCACUUUAGCAUUGCAAUUUAAUGUGCCUGAGUUCGUGGCGAGUCUGCAAUCAUCCGAUUUGGCCAACAUGAAUCCGCAAGUGGUGAAUAUGAUCAAAUAUUUUAAGCAAAUCAAUGCACCAGUGUCCACACGGAAGCCAAUCGCGGCGAAUGUGCCCACCAGCCAGGUGAAAAGACCUCUCCAACAGUAUGAAGAAGAUAUAGAAGCAACAACAGAGCACAAUCGGCAACGUCCAACCGUAGCACCCACUAGACGGCCGACGAAGGGUUACGAGGACUUCAUCAAGAGCAUACCCAAUCAAGCGCACAAGUUCAAUUUGCACAGCGUGCAACAGUCUAAACCCUUCACAUCCACCAGCACAUCCGCGCCCGAUUACUACGAUUACGAAGAAGAAGAGGAGCCGAUCGGCACAGACACGGACGAUGACAUAAUGCCGCCCUCACAAAUGCCACCCUAUAUGCCCAUGUCGGAGACUAUGGCGCCACCGCGACCACAAUUUAUGCAGCCCACAGUCACGACGACGCUCAGUCCACAGCACCAAAAGCCCAGCUUCCAGACGGGCUACAUUGAGGCCACAACCACAAGAAGACCAUUCGCCGAUACGCAGUUCCAACAAUUCUACCAAACAACAAACAGUCAGGCGAACAAACAGAACAAUCAAAUACCGUCAUUUAUAAACUUCCCGACUGAUAUAUUCCAAGAGAUCAAACAGCGGCUGCCACCCAAACCCCAACUCGGUUCGACGGCACCGACUUUGACGAACAACAACAAUAACAACAUACAUUUCACGACUGCGGCCAAGACUACUACAACAAAUACACCUCGUACAACAACAAGUAGCACUACAACUACAACAAUGUCCACAACAACAACAACAACAACACAGCGUAUGCGCUACACAGUGCGUCCGCAUCGUCAACGCGGCCAGAGUAAGUGGCAACAAAGCAACAACAACAACAACAAUGCAAACAAGGAGCCGAACAACAUCGAACCGCACAGCAACAACGACAUCAACAAAAACAACAAAACCGAAUUCGGUACGCAAAACUUUCGCAAACGCCCGGCGGCCACACCGGCCUCCUCAGCGCUGGGUUCGCUGCAGUUGAACGUGAACAUGCACUUGGACAUGGCGGACGGUGGCCAAAGGGAUAUAGAGUACCAGCAACAGCAACAGCAACAGCAGCAGCAGCAGGAGCAACAACAGCAACAAUAUCAACCCCAACCACAACAGCCGGUGCGUCAACAACCCGUCCAACAAUCGACCUAUCGUCCAUUGGAAAUACUCACCACACCCGCUCCACAGGUGCCGCUACGAGAGACUUAUCAGCCACAAGAAAAGCCAACAUACAAUAAUCAACAGUCGUUGAUCUAUAAUACCGACUACGAUGAGGACCUCAUUGCACAGAUCGAACAGGAUAAUGUGUAUGAUCAGCCCACGCGUCCGCCAACGCGUGAGCGCGUCAACAUUGAAACAUUGCCAACACCAAUCCGCCCAUCACACCCACCACGCCAGCCGGUCAGCGACGUGCGCAACGUUUACGGCCAGGCGCCGACCGCCAUUGAUGACGCGCCCAUCUACGAAUCGGCUUACGACAACAGCGCCGAGCUGUAUGAUGACCUGCCUGCGUAUGAGCUGAACACCGAUCGUGCGGUAUACGAGCAGCCGCGACGCUUCACCACCUAUGCGCCGAAGUUGGUACCCACACAAGAUGUCGACGAGUACAAUGUGAUCGGCUCGACGCGCUACGACGAGGAUAUCAAGAAAGUAUUCAACCCAACCGCCACGAACUACGUGGAACCGCCCACAAGUAGAGCGGUGACGGCGCCAACGCGUGGUGGCAGCACCAAAGCGUCGACUGUGGCGCAACGUCGUCAACCCACUACGGCUUUGACUACAACUGCGACGCCAAGAACAACACCACGCACGACGACCACGCCGAGAACGACAACAACAACCACAACAACGACGACGACGCCAGCGCCGCGCACUACACAAGUGUUGCGCACCACACAGCCGGCCACCACAACAAAGUCGAUAAGAUCUAAAACGCAUGCAAACAAAUACCAAAAGAACCAACGUUCACAAAUCAAUCCCCAACAACCUUCCGUCAUCAAUACACCACCACCACCACCACCACCUACAACUACCCACACACCAAUACAAAGAAAACCCACAACAUUACCAACAUACACAACAACAACAAUUACACCAAUAUCCCAAUCGUAUCCCAGUUCUCAAUACCUCGAUUCCGAUGAAACAUUUGUCACGGUUGUCGCCAAGUCCCACAGUUACCCCAAACCCAACCCGCAUACUCAACAAAACCAAAAUUCACCAAAUACCGUAAACUCACCACACUCUCAGCCGUCAUUAUUCAACUUACGGACAGUAGGCGACAUUGAAACCGUGUCGGACGCAAGUCAGAAUGUACAGGUGCAGACGUCUGAACCUUUCAGCAGCGCUGGACGCUCGUUUGAGUCUAGCACCAGUAAAUCUUCUGCGUUUAACAAUAGAGCUAAAUUUUUAGCUGCCAUCGACAAUGUGGAGGACUAUACGGAGGGUUCACGUGGUACCACUUUGCGUGUGAUCGGCUCUAAAACUCUCCCACGUGCUGUGGAAGACUAUACAGAGGGGUCACGUGGUAAUUCGGUGCGUGUAAUCGGCUCAAAAACUCUCUCAAAUGCUAAAUAUUCCGCUAACGAAGAUGUUUACAAUAGCAAUAGGCAACGGGAAGAUUACUAUGGUAAAAAUUCCAACGACCAGCCACAACAACAGCGCUUUAGCGAUUUUGAGAAGCCAAAAGGUAGACUACAAAGCUAUGUUGUUUCAGAUAUUGCACCACAGAGUUUUAAACCAGUGCCGACAGUUAAAGUUGCGCCACCGCCAUCUUCAGAACCCGAGCCGAUUUUAGAGCUCAUAAGAGAUGACAGCUCUGCAUCCAGCACAACGUUGCGUUAUCCCACGAAUAUCGUUUUCGAACCGAAACCUUUCAAGUAUAAUUUGCAAACCGGCUCAAAUGGCUUCAGUUUGCGCGCACAAAAUGCGGAAGUCCCGGAAGAACCUAUCUAUGAACGUAGACCCAAUGUGGCAGCACAAAAACUUACGACAACAAACCGCGCGAUUGUUACGCCCAUCACAAGCACGGCCGCAGCCAGCGCACCGGCGCAGCAAUCUCCCUUUUACGAUGCCUCCUACGAGGAGGAUAUUGUGCCAACCACCUAUGCACCUCCAUUACGUAGCGCGUGGCGUAUCGGACGUACCAGUGACAGGCCGUUGCAACAAAUUGUUUUGGAAACCGACUUGGAAAAUGAUCAUGUCUCUAGUUCGGGCAGCGAGCAAAGCGUAGUAACAGCUUUAAAGGAAACGAGUACCGCGCGCCCUAGUACAACCACGACAACAACCAGAACCACUCCGCGUACUACGACAACUACCACCACCACAACUACAACUACAACCACAACGACAACUACAACCCCUCCGCCAACAACCACCUUUGUGGUCUCUACUACCGAGCGUCCUGUUCAGAGUUACACACCGCGCACUCUUACAUUUAAGGAUAAUCUUAUUAAAACUACUGGAACUCCGGCUCAACGUUUUGUCUCACCCUAUAAAAGCCUCGAGACUAUACUCCAAGAAAAGGAGGACCGUUAUACCGGCUUUAAUGGACUACGUAGCACGGUCAAGCCACGCUACACCAGUCCAACAACUCCCACCACAUUCACACAGAGCACUAGCGCCAAACCUGUGCGCAGCUAUUUCCUCAUCACAACUCCGCAACGCAACCUCACCGAUACACUUCUGUCUACCGCGUCGACUGGUAUGCGUAAUUUCAGCGUAAGUGAUACAAUACUCAACAGCUUUUCAAAUACACCACUCAGAGCUGCGACGACCACUACUACCACACAAGCGCCAGCAACAGAAGCUACAACCGAAAGUACAACGCCUACAACUAUGUCGACAGUCAUUGUGACCGCACCCAUACGCGUCUCACAGGCACUUUCGUACCAAAAUCUACUUAAGCUUGAUCACAACUCAAACAAUUCAGAGACCCCACGUCCGCGCGGACGCUCUCGGUACUCUGCGGCCACAGUGAAUGCAGCCGACGAGACCACGACUUAUGCGCCGAGAGGACGUUAUACUAGCAAUAACGCACAAGAGUCCGCUACGACUUCACCACUCGGACCCUAUCCACAAAGAAGAAAGCAACAGCGUGCGCGCAUUGUGGCCACACAAGGCCAGCGGAAUGCACUUGGCGCGAACUCACUGAAAUCGCGCGAAAAAUAUGAAAAUUAUAAGGCAGAAAAGAAGCAACAGCAGGCUGCUACAAACACACAUGGACAAUCACCACAGAAAACCGUGAAUCGUAAACCCAUUGAAAAUGAGUCAGCCAUAGAUGAUGGUCCACGUGCUGAAGCCUUGGUGCGACAACCCAUCGAUGGAAAACAAGACAACAGCAUAGAAUCUGCGAAUAGCGCGAGCUCAUCGUCCUCCACAGAACAACAGGCUGGCGAAAUCAAGCCGCCGAAGUAUUUGUUCUCAAACAAGUAUCGACAGCAAACGAAGGAUCGCACAUUGGCCGAAAGUCUACAGAAUGCCGGUUACAUCACAUCCAGCACGAGUCGCACAAAAUUCGAGCCCGCCUCAGUGUUGGAACAACUACAACUCUUCCUCGCCGGUGAUAGCGAUGAAAGUAGUGCGCAACAGUUUGUGGAUGACUUCUCAGAGCGUGAAAUAAGCGCUGCCGUGAAGGAGAUCAAGAACUUGUAUACAACGCCACGCGCCAAAGCCACAACAGCACCAGCAACCAGCAGCACUUCGACUACCACAACCACAACAACUACGACAACCACUCAUAGACCACCAACGACCACCACAACAACCACAUUGCGUCCGACCACGACAGCUACGCCGCCUACUGCUGCGUACCGUACAACAGCAAGUACCACGCACUCCACACCAACCACAACCGCAACACUUGCGACCCAACGUUCCCCCACACAAAACACUUAUACACAAACCAAACACCACACAGCUCCUCCAACAAGAUCCAACACCGACAGCACAACGUCCUCUACCCACUUGCCCUCCUCCCUUGCAACCGCCAUCAGCAGCACGCCAGCGAGCACUGUCAAGUCCCUGUUAACGCCAAUGCGUGCUUCAAGAGUCAAUAACGCCAUCAAGUCGUCGAUUGCUGCUGCCGCUUACUCCGCACCUUCUUCGCCCUCCGCUUCCAACACCAACUCGAACUCGAACUCCGCCUCGGCCACUGCCUCCCAGGCAAGCGCGGCUGUGGGCUCCGCCAACACGGCUAGAGGUAACAGUAUUAAGGCCAGUGCUUACGCCACGAACGCCGGUGCAGCGGUCAAGUGCUCAGACACCACAUCGAAUGCCAAGUGCAACGAAAUUCCCUCGAGAACAAAUUCGAAUAACAAUCGUAAUCGCGGUAGCUCCCCCUAUGCCGGCCAGGAACGUGACACGCCCACAGCAGUGACCAGCAACCGUGGCACGCAUCCACCUCGCACACGUCCCACCUUGAAGCCCUCCGGCACCAUUGUCUCGAAGGCCCAAGAGUUCGUCGACAUCUACAGAUAUCCACCCACACGUCCCGAACCACUCUACCCACAACCGACACCGGACAAGACGGCUGCCAAGUGUCGCAAGGACGUUUGCCUGCUGCCCGAUUGCGCCUGCGGUGGCAAGGACAUUCCCGGCGGUAUGAAUGUUAGUGAUGUGCCACAAAUGGUACUGAUCACUUUCGACGAUGCGAUCAGCACACUGAAUAUCGAUCUCUACGAGGAGUUAUUCAACAACAAAUCGCGCUUUAAUCCCAAUGGCUGUCCGUUGCGCGCCACCUUCUAUGUGUCGCAUGAGUGGACCGAUUACGGCAUGGUGCAAGAUCUCUAUUCGGAUGGACAUGAAAUGGCAUCGCAUACAGUCUCUCACAGCUUCGGUGAACAAUUCUCGCAGAAGAAAUGGACGCGUGAGAUCGCUGGACAACGUGAAAUUCUCGCCGCCUACGGUGGUGUGAAACUCUCCGAUGUGCGUGGCAUGCGCGCACCCUUCCUCUCAGUCGGCGGCAAUAAAAUGUACAAGAUGCUUUACGAUUCCAACUUUACUUACGAUUCAUCGCUGCCGGUCUACGAGAACCGUCCACCAUCGUGGCCCUACACCUUCGACUACAAAAUCUUCCACGACUGCAUGAUUCCGCCAUGUCCGACACGCAGCUACCCCGGUGUGUGGCAAGUGCCUAUGGUGAUGUGGCAGGAUUUGAAUGGUGGCCGUUGUUCUAUGGGUGACGCUUGCUCGAAUCCCAGCGAGGCUGAAGGUGUUACGAAAAUGAUUAUGAAGAACUUCGAGCGACACUACACAACCAACAGAGCACCAUUCGGUCUGUACUAUCAUGCCGCUUGGUUCACACAGCCCCAUCACAAGGAGGGUUUCAUCAAAUUCCUGGACACCAUCAAUCAAAUGCCCGACGUUUGGAUUGUGACCAACUGGCAGAUGUUGCAAUGGGUUCGUGAUCCCACACCGAUCUCGCGCAUGAACUCCUUCCAGCCAUUCCAAUGUGAUUACUCGGACCGUCCGAAGCGUUGUAACAAUCCCAAGGUCUGCAAUCUGUGGCACAAGUCCGGUGUGCGCUAUAUGAAGACAUGUCAACCCUGCCCCGACAUCUAUCCAUGGACCGGCAAAUCGGGCAUACGUUCCUCGCGUAUCGACAAUGAAAUCGAAGAUUCGACAGCGUAAAUUACAAAAUAUGUAUGUGUGUGGACUAAAAACAACCGUUAGUGGUGUAUGUGUCAGCGGAAGGAGUUUAAGUUAAGACCAAGCAAAGCGCAGCCAAGUUAACUGUAGUGGAGUAUGUGCGUGCGCUUUGCUAACUGUAAAUACGUACAAGUGUCAAAGGAGAAUGGAAGAGGAGCAUACAUACAUACAUACUACAUACUACAUAUAACUGUAAACGCACAAAAUAUGCAAUUCACUCGUUAGCACCGACAAAACUAAAUUUAUGAGCUUAUGAAUUAUCGGCCAAUCGAAGUUGCCACUAAAUUUAUUUUCGCAUUUUUUUUUUAAUAAAAAAAGCAAAACUAUUUAUUUUAACCUAACUUUUGUCGAAAUUUUAGUAUUAAAUUUGUAUUAGUUUUAAAUGUGAGAACAAGAAAAAAAAACAAAAUAUUAAAAUUAAGUGGCCACGCAUGCGCGCAAUACUAGUUGUAGUUUUUUCAUGGCAGGCUAAGCGGUCUUCCGCAACUUUCAACGGCAUAUAAUGCGCGAAAGCUUAAGUGGAAGCGCAAAAGGCUUGAAAAUGUAGAGUUUUGUAUGGAAAAAUAUACAUAUUUUAAGUUUUGUUUUCUAGCACGUAAGCGUAGUAUGUUUAGGGCAAUUUACUAUAUUUUAUAUGAUAUGUGAUAAAUGUUUGACUAUUCGAGCUGCCUCGAGCGUUUACAGUUGAAUAGGUACAAAAGAAAAAAGUGGCUUUGUCGAGUGUAUGUUGUAGUUUUUUUAUAAAGUGAAAAGCGGCAAACAUUUCGAAAAAUCGUCAGCUAAUUUAAGUGAAACACCUUAUUCAUGCAACCAACUGACAUAGUUGCCAGAUCAAUAAAAUAAUAUUAAAAAAAUAAAUUUCAUAAUUUUACGUGCACAUUAUAAUAGACAUUUUAUUACAGUUUCGAACUUGAACUUCGAAAUUUCGACUUUUUAUAACUGUUUAUUAAUUUUGAUAAUUUUCCAAGAAUAUUUUCGAACAAACAAAAUUUAUUUAUUUUUUUAAUUUUCGGUAUUUAAUACAGCAAGUGAUAUUUUAUUUUAGUUUCGAACUUAAACUUCGAAAUUUCGAACUUUUUAUAACUGUUUAUUAAUUUUGAUAAUUUUUCGAAAAUAUUUUCAAAAAAGCAACAUUUAAUUUUUUUAUUCUCAAUUUUUAAUAUUUUGAAUUUAAUAUUUUUCGAAUUUUUAUAGCACAUUUUUUAUAGCAUGCAAUAAACCACACUUCAUAGGCAAAUAACUAUCAUAUUAUUAAUCCCUACACAUAUAUUUGUAUAUUGUAGCUCGUAAGCGUAGUUUUAUAGCAAAAAUUCACUACAUUUUUCUAUUUUAUAGCAAUAUUUCAUUUAAUAUAUUAUUAGAACUACUAAAUAAAUGCAUAAAUAACAGAAAGUAAGUUAAUAUGUUGUUGAAAAUAAAUCAAUAUUGCACUAGAUGUGAUGGCAGACAAGCUAUAAAAUACAUCAAAUUAAAUAAAUGAGUAUAAAAUAUAAAAAUUUUAUAGCAAAUAAUAAUUUUUAUGGCAAAAUUUUUUAAAAUUUUUUUUAAUUCUCUUCGGUUUUCAUAAUUUUCUUAAAUUCAAAAUUUUUAUAAAAAUAAUUAAAUAAAAUAUAAAUUACAAUUACAUUUAUUUACAAAAUCCAUUAAAAAAAUAGUUUAUUCUUAAAAAAAUCAUAUUUUGUAUAAUUUAUCUAAAAUAAAAUCACUCGAUUCUUUUUUUUUUUGAAAAAUCAUAAAUUUCAUAAAAUCAUUAAAUAACAAACAUUACAAAUACUAAUAACGAACAACAUUUUUUUAUAAUUUUUUUUUAAAUUAUUUUUUCAUUCAAAUAUUUUAUUGUAGUUGCCACACUGCCGCUAUUGUAAUAUAGUAUUAAGUAAUGAAAUAUAAAUGCAUAUAAACAUUUAUAAAUAAUUUAAAUUAAUUAGCAAUAAAUCACAUACAUUUAUUUAUAUUUUCUCCUUAUAAUAAUUUUUUCAUUACACAAUAACUGUAAAAAAAAACCAAUUGUAAUUUUCAACAAAACUAAACCUAAUUGACAUCGAAAGUAUUAAAAGUUUUAAGAGAUCGCGUCAAAAGUGAGUUAUUGGACACAUAUUCAACUAGAAAAUUCAAAAUAUUAUAGAAUACAUAUAGUUUUAGGUUAUGUAUAGGCGAUAAGCAACAAUUCAAACUGUUAUUUCAAAUUCUAUUACAUAACGAGUGAAUCAAAUAUUUUGUGCUGACGACACGUUGAACGAAUCGAAAUCAAUGAAUUAUUACAAAUAAAGAAAAAAUUAUGAUUAUACAAUA